AUGAGGAUUACUUGCGUGCUAGCAGCGAUUGGUGCUGCUUCGAAUCAUGUGCGACCGUCUCCGGUGACCAUUCCACAGUUGAGUACGGCAGGUGCGUUGGGUGUGGGGAAGCCGGUGUUGCACAAGCACGGGUUGAUUCAAGUUGAGGUACCCGUUCGGGGUCUUGUUAAUCCCGCAGCGGUCGCUGGAGCCCCAUCGUACGCAGUGAGUGCACCGAAUAAGGGCCGGGUUGUGGAUCAGACGGAGCCGACUUACUUUUGCAAGAAAGAGGGCUUCAUGUUGGAAGGUGACACAUGUGUGAAAACUGAUGUAAUGGAAGCGCGUUUCGUGUGUCCUGGAGGGUUUGACAUCGUGGCAGGAGAGUGCACACGCCGGAGUGCUUUCCUACAAACGUGUCCCGAAGGUUUCAGUGCACAGGAAGGUACCUGUGCUAAGGUGGUUACAGCUGCAUCCAUCCCCACGUGUCCUGAAGGCAGCUACGAGACGUCUCCUGGUUUGUGUGAACGUCAGAUCGUGCAACAGUUGUCACCCAUGUGUCCAGAAGGAGUUUAUGACGGGGCCAAUUGCAUCGUCCAAACCUUUGCCGAAGCGCGGGCCUUCUGCCCCGAAGGCUUUAGCUUCUUCGACGGCGCUUGCAUCCAGGAGGAAACAUACGAUUGCACACAUCAUUCGGUUGCACUCCCCCGCACGGAAACCACACUUCUCAAGACACACAAACUUGGAGCUAGCUUCCCCUACCCACGACAGCUGCACGAGACCGCGGUGGCCGCGACCUCGGUACACCCUCCGCAUGUUGCGCAUCCUCCGCAUGGUGUACACCCUCCACAUGGUGUACAUCCUCCACACAUGCCUCACCCACAGCAUCCACCACACGACUGUAAGGGCACGGGAUUGUCAGUUGCGGAUCGUGCUGCGUGUGCGGAAUCAACGGUUAUUCAGCCGACGCGGACGACGGUCACAAUGCAGAAGACUUGCACACGAGUUACGUCCACAGCCCUAGUAUUCGCAUGCGAUGAAGGUGUGCUUCAAGGCCAACGAUGUUUAUUGCUCACUCCUAUGGCACCCCAAAUGGUGUGCAACUACAUCGGUGACGAAUCCAACUGCUAUACAACAACUCGGGUUGCUGCCCUUAGUGUGUGUCCAGAGAAUUACACACGUGAGUGUUCGGCCGGUCGUUGCGAAUGCGCCGCUCUUGAAGCCGCAGCAUUUGUUCAAAGCUGCCCAUCCGGCUUCGCUGAAAACCCUGACGGCUGCGUCCGAUCGGCGCAGGCUAACAUCGUCUGCCCACCCGGCUUCAACCUGCAAGGCGAAUCGUGCAUCCGCUUUAUCAGAGAACCAGCAGACUGCGUCUUCAGUGUCACAUACGAAUGCGAACGAUCCAACGGCGAAAUGUGCUAA